AUGAGCGGAAUCAGUAAAGAAAACUAUUUAAGUCCAAUAAUUCCUCCUGAUGUAAAAGUGAAAGAUAUACGCCUAGUGGAAGCAACAAAUGAAUCGUUAAAAGAUAUUGGCUAUUUGAUUACUUCUCCGGAUGAUGUCACCGUAGAAAACGGAAAAUUUGAUAUAGUUCCUUGGCCUACAAAAGGAUGGAGGGCACUUGAUCCAAACACGGGAAAUGAAGCUGGCACAACUGAAGGAUCGAUGGAGAUUUAUUGGGAAGAAGAUCGUUUAUAUGGCAAAAACCAUGCUAUUGCUACUGAUUCUAAUCACUAUUUACUUGGAUAUGGAAACUUUCCGUCGCAAUCCGCAUCAUUAUCUAACUCAAAUAUAAGCAAGCCAUCGGAUAUUUCAUCUGUUUUCAUUUGGAGUUCCGAUUAUCAUCCUGAUGGUGGCCAGUUGUUCUUUCCCACCAAUGGUAAACCGUUCAUUUCCACUUUGGCUCCAGCUUUGGGUGAUGAUAUUACACCUGAUCAUCUCACUGCUUUUUAUGUAAGCGAAGGUUAUGGUCUAUAUAUUUAUCCAGGUGUAUGGCAUAACUCUGUUUAUAUACACCCAUCUCUUUCUCCAGUCUCAUUAUUUGGCCGUCAAGGUCGCGUCCAUGCUCGUAUAUCUGUUGACUGGGUGAAAGAGUUCAACACUCUUUUACGUGUUCCUCUCAUCUUUGAAUCUAACAAAUAGUUGGGUGUGGGUGUGGGUGUGAGUGUGGGUGUGGGUGGGGGCGUGUGAGUCUACACUGUAAAAAAGGUAGUAUAAUAAACGAAAAAAAGUUUCAGACUGUGCAACCAGCACGAAUCCUUGGAAGCGUUCUUUACAACAGCAUAAAUCCCUUUACAAACCCGUUCUCAUACAUCCCAAUUACCUUUCUGAACCGUUUUUUGAGGGAUUCACUAAACUGUUUCCUAUUUUCUUAAAUCCUUAGAGGAUCCGCUACUGGUUGCAAACAUUUGUACCCUUCAGAGGCGUCUAUUGCUUUAAUUCCAAGCAAAUAAAAAACUGAACUUUUACCGUUUCGCAGA